UAGAUGGGCCAAGUGGGCCCAAUAGUGGCCGCCGUUUCCUCGUCAGAGAAGAGUGAGUGAGCAAUAGUAAUCGCGUAAUGGAUAUGGUGCCGGUGGUGGUGCGUUCCGCCUCUCACGUCUCCGCCUACCGAUACUUGGACCACCGCCACGGUACCUCCCCACGCUUCCAAGUUAGGGCCAAGCUCCCAUUUGAGCAGCAAGAUGCCAAGUAUUACCAACACCUGGAGGCUGCUGUCCACGUUGUUCAGAGGGCUUGCCGUGUCUGCCUCCAUGUGAAAUCAUCUCUCUUUUCAACUGACGCCAAUGUUCAUCAAAAGAAUGACCAGACUCCCGUCACCGUCGCAGAUUUCGGAGUUCAGGCUCUCAUCAGUUUUGAGUUAAACAAGCUGUUCCCGUCAAUACCUCUGGUGGCUGAGGAGGACUCUGCCUACUUGCGAUCAAGAAACUUAGCAGGUUCUGUGCUUGAUGCAAUCACCGCUAUAGAUAGUCCCACUUCCAAACCAUUGACACAAGAUGAUGUGCUGGAAGCAAUUGAUAGAGGAGGCAAAGAUGCUUUUUUAUUUGGAUCAGAACCGGCUACGUAUUGGGUGCUUGAUCCAAUUGAUGGCACACGUGGAUUUGUAAAAGCUGGCAAAGCCUUAUAUGUGGUUGGUUUGGCUCUUGUGGUUGAGGGAGAGAUUGUAGCUGGUGUUAUGGGCUGCCCCAACUGGCAGGAAGAUUUUUCCAAGAAAUCCCCAACUGAACUUGAGGAGGUUGCAGACAUGCUUUCUCCAUCAGGAACUAUAAUGAUUGCUCACAUAGGCUGUGGAACGUGGACAAAAAGGUUGAAUAGUAUGCCGAAAUUACCUAGUGUUUGGACCAGAUGUUUUGUGGAUGGGUCUAACUUAGUACAGAAGGCACACUUCUGUAUUCCAGAUAGCCAAACUUGGGAAUCUUUGCCACUAUCGUCAUCAUUUAAUGCAACAAACAAUGUCGAUGAUGUGGGGGACAACCAAGUUCUUCUUUUGGCAGCAUGCUGUGGAAGUUUAUGCAAGUAUUUGAUGGUGGCCUCAGGUAGGGCAUCUGUUUUCAUUCUCCGAGCAAAAGAGAAGACCAUUAUAAAGGCUUGGGACCAUGCUGUUGGCAUGAUAUGCGUUCAUGAAGCUGGUGGAAAGAUAACUGACUGGAGCGGGAGUGAAAUAGAUCUUGCUGCAGAUCAAGCUGGUCGGCGGGUUAUAUUUCCGUUCGGGGGAGUCCUUGUCACCAACGGCUGUUUACAUCAUCAGAUUCUGGAAAUUAUCUCUCACUCUACAACUUCAUCACUUUGAUGUUGUGGAUUGAUCAUUUAUUCAUUUUCAACUAUUUUAAUUUGGCUAUAAUUCUGUCCGGUCAAUCUCUCCUCACCAAAUGAGGAGGUUGAUAAAGUGAAAAAAUAAAAACUACAAAUUCAAUGGUGCUAAACUCUCAUUUUCUCACUCUAUUAAUCUUCCCAUUGUAAAGAAUCUUUUCCCACAACCCCCCUCCCUCUCAACUCUCAAGUGUGUACACAAUUGCCAUUUCAACUAAUUACCCAACAUAUUCUUAACCGUAAUCACAUAAAUGAAUUGAACCCCCAUUUUAUCAUCAUGUAACUGGUUACAAAACAAUUUUUUGUAGGUGCUUACUUUGAUGCACAUUGGAAAUAUACAUAUAGAGGAGAGAGUAAAAAUCAUGUUUUUUAGAUAUUCUUUUUUCUUUUUUCUUUUUCUUUGUACCUACUCUGUAUUUCAUGUAUGUUUUCACUGUGUGUGCCAGUGUGAACCAUUUUUGUAUACUAUAUUAUUUACUUUACCAAAAAUAAUGUGAAUUCAUGUUGCAUAUAUUAUUCCUGCAUGCUGCAUUUUUUGUUAUACCACUUUUUUUUUUAUUAAGAAAUAUAUUAUUUUUGUAAUAAUUUACUGGGCUUGGAGUUGAGGUUCUAAUCUAUCACUCUAUCAGUACAGGACCAAAAUGAUCAACAGUAGACAUGUAGAGGCAUGUGAGACUCAGACCAAAAAUAACAAAUAAAUAACGUUCCAAAAAGGAGGAAACUACGUAAAUUCUAAAGCACCCAUGGGCGCAGCCGAGGCUUGGAGCUAGUGGUAGUAUCUGCUGCCUCACAAGAAGCUGUACCUGAGUUCAAGUCCUAUGAGAAAAAAAAUGAUCCCUUAAAUAAACUCAUGUAGUAUAUGACAAUGCCUCCCUUAAAUGAAACUAGGUAGACAAAAGAGGUGGGGAUUAGUUGGCUCUUUAUGUGCACAUCCAAUCCAAUUAAUAAAUGAUAAAUAUGUAUCAUACUUUUUUGGUUCAA